CAUGUUCUGCAAAAUAAGUUGAUAUCGUAAAAUAGAUUCAAAUCUAAUAAAGGAAACCAAGUUUGGCGUACUAAUUUUGUUUAGGUUCGAAAUAAAUUCAAACCCCGUGUAUCGUAGACCGCACAUGUAAAUGGCCGAAACGUCAAAUUAAGGAGUAAACAGUGAAUAGUGUUGAAGAAAGUGAUUUUGGGGCUCUGUGACGAAUAUAUCGCAUAUGUUGAGGAUCUUUUAUGAGAAAGCGGCAAGAAUUUAAGUAAGCGUUUCACUUUCUAGCUCUGAUCACUCGCAUUCAACAUGCCGCAGAACGAGUAUAUUGAACGUCACAUCAAGCUACACGGUCGCCGUCUCGAUUAUGAAGAGCGCAAACGAAAACGCGAGGCUCGCGAGCCUAAAAAGCGUGCAGCCAUGGCCCGUAAGCUACGAGGCAUUAAGGCCAAGUUAUUCCAGAAACAACGGCGGAACGAAAAAAUCCAAAUGAAGAAAAAAAUUCAAGCACAUGAAGAGAAAAAGGUCAAUAAGAAUACCGAGAAAGUUGAAGAUGGUGCUAUUCCGACCUAUUUGCUGGAUCGUGGGGUACAGUCAAGCGCUAAAGUUCUCUCUAACAUGAUUAAACAGAAACGGAAGGAAAAGGCCGGCAAGUGGGAUGUACCGAUCCCAAAAGUACGUGCUCAAUCUGAUGCGGAGGUGUUUAAAGUUAUCCGUAGCGGAAAGACGAAACGAAAAGCCUGGAAACGAAUGGUUACAAAAGUCACAUAUGUUGGAGAGAACUUCACUAGGAAGCCUCCGAAGUUUGAGAGAUUUAUUCGUCCAAUGGCGCUAAGGUUCAACAAAGCCCAUGUGACGCAUCCUGAGCUAAAGGCAACAUUCCAUUUGCCAAUUAUAGGCGUCAAGAAAAAUCCUUCGUCGCCUAUGUACACUAGUUUAGGUGUUAUUACCAAGGGUACUGUGAUCGAAGUCAACAUCUCCGAGCUCGGCUUGGUGACACAAUCUGGUAAAGUUGUCUGGGGAAAGUACGCCCAAGUCACGAAUAAUCCCGAGAACGAUGGUUGUAUUAAUGCAGUGCUUUUAGUAUAAAAACAAUCCUCCCGCACAUAUCCUUUUUUUCUUCAAUUCGUCAUAGGCUAUAAGAUUGUGAUGUUACCUUCAGAAAAUACAAACUUGUAAAAUUACCCAUCACAUUGAAUUUCUAUACUGUCAAAGUAGGGUUAGCGUUAUAUUCUUAAAAUUUGAAUAGCCAAAUUACCGCGUUUUACAUAAAUCAACUUAUUUUGAGACUUUAUAUUACAAUUUAGCUAAUCGAAAUUUUGAUUUCAUAAACAAAGCACUUUCAAGAUG